ACGAAAUUAGUAUAGUCAAUGCUGUUAUUUGUUACCACUUGUUAGGUUUGAGGUCAACUGUUCCUCUUUUAUUAAACCUUCAAAAUACUUUCCCUUUUGUAUUAUGAACUGGCUUAUGAGUGACCAACUAUUCUUAACUGUUUACACCUGUGAUAAAAUUGUUUUAGGUAUAGUUUUCUUAAUAUAUAGAUUCAUAUAAGCAUAAGUUUAUUAUAAUUUAUUGAUGUAGUUUUAGAAAAAAUAAAUAAUUUAAAAAAAUAAAUCUGUUAAUUGAUGUGAUCCAUACAGAAAUGCGACUGAGUUGACAACAAUGUUUUUAAAAAUUGAGAGACGCUAUACUUGUUUUCUUUUAGGCAUCAUUGUUGCUUCUUUUACAUGGGCUGUAAGUAUUUAUUUAUAUUGGAGUUUAAACAAAGAAAAAAGUAUCUCACAUACUUUGAACUCUUCUAUUGGGUAUAAAAGACAAAUGCAGAAUGAUAUUGUGAUUCCAUAUGAAGAUGAUGAAAAGAAACGUUGGAGAGCAAAAUCCAAGUAUUAUGAUCCAAACAAUUUAAUUAAGAAAGAUGAUAUCAUUAGACAAAAAUUGAAUCCGAUCCCUGUUAAAGCUGUCAAUGAUAAUGAAAUGAGUGAUAUUGGUAUUGUGCGAAAUUUGGAUGAUUUAAAAGUUAGAAAUGAAGGCUACAAAUUGCAUGGAUUUAAUGCCUUGGUAAGUAAAAAUUUAGAUUAUCAUAGGAGUAUUCCUGAUACAAGGAAUGAUUUGUGUAAAUCAUCAAAAUAUUCUGAUGGUCUACCACAUGCCAGUAUUAUUAUUUGCUUUUAUAAUGAACAAUUUGAUACAUUAGCCAGAACUAUUCAUAGUAUACUAGAUCGUACACCUGCUAAUCUCUUACAUGAAAUAAUAUUGGUUAAUGACUUCAGUGAUACUAGUGGAUUAUAUGAAACAGUAAAGUUGUAUAUUAAUGCUAAUCUUAGCAGCAAAGUAAAACUUUAUUCUACAACCCAAAGAGAAGGUUUGAUUCGUGCAAGAUUAUUUGGUUCUGAUAAAGCUUCAGGUGAUGUAUUGGUUUUUCUAGAUUCUCAUGUAGAAGUCAAUGUUCACUGGCUUGAACCUUUAUUACAGAGGAUUUAUGAAAAUAAAUCAGCCGUAGUUACUCCUAUAAUAGAUAUCAUAAAUGCUGACACUUUUGAAUAUUCUGCAUCGCCUAUUGUGAGAGGAGGCUUUAAUUGGGGCCUUCAUUUCAAAUGGGAAAACUUGAGAACUGGAUUUCUUAAUAAAGCUGAAGAUUUUAUUAAACCCAUACCAUCACCUACAAUGGCAGGUGGUUUGUUUGCUAUUGAUCGUCAUUAUUUUAACAACUUAGGAAAAUAUGACAGCGGAAUGAAUAUUUGGGGAGGAGAAAAUUUAGAAAUAUCUUUUAGGAUAUGGAUGUGUGGGGGCAGUCUUGAAAUUAUUCCUUGUUCCAGAGUUGGACAUGUUUUUAGAAAACGUAGACCAUAUGGAUCUCCUGAUGGAGAAGACACUAUGAUCAGAAAUUCAUUACGUGUUGCUCAUGUUUGGAUGGAUGAAUAUAAAGAAUAUUAUUUCAGGCAGAGACCUGAAGCUGUAAAUGUUCAUUUUGGUGAUGUUAGUUCUAGGAUAGCCCUUAGAAAAUCUUUAAACUGUCACUCAUUUUCUUGGUAUCUUAAAAAUGUUUAUCCUGAAUUAACAUUACCAACUGAUACUGAUGACAUACAACAAAGAAAAUCUAAAUUGCUUGUUUCUGAUCUGAAGAAAAGAAAUCAAGUUUAUAUUGGCCACUAUCAACUUCGAUUAAGUAAAACAGGAUUAUGCCUUGCUUCAGAAAAAGACGUCAAAACCAAAGGUUCUCGACUUGUACUCAGGAAUUGUUUGCGUGUAAAAAAUCAGUUAUGGUCACAAACAGACAAGGGAGAACUUCGCUUAGCCCAAUAUCUAUGCCUUGAUGGUGAAGAGGUACAUCCUCGUCUUUCUAAAUGCCAUGAGAUGGGAGGUACUCAAAAAUGGAAACACAAGUACUCAACAAAUGUGCCAGUUUAUAAUGUUGCAGCAGGUAUGUGCCUGGCUGCUGAAAAAUCUCAAGUAAAUUCUUAUGUAAUCAUGGAUAUUUGUUCAUCCAAUGACAAAACUCAGUGGGAUUUUAUACCAGUUAGUUUGUAAUACCUUUAUUUUUAUUUGCCCCCUGUUUUAAAUCUUAUAGACAGCGAAGAACUGUUGUUAAUGUUGCCUUAUAUAGUUUAUUAUAAUGGUUUUAUUGUUAAAUAUUUAUAAAUUGGUCAAAAUGUAGGCACACUACUAAUACAGCCCAAUCAUUAGUGUGUUUAAACUACAUUGACAGAACCCUUGACCAACUUCUCCUUAAAUUUAAUAUUUAUAGUUUAUGUAAUAGAUUAUUAAUUGUUUUUAUUGAUAUAAAAUUGACUGGUUUUAUGGUAGCUUUUGAAUCUCUUUAUGAUCUUAUAUAAGGCUAGUGCUGUGUAUAUUUUUAUGUUGAAUUGUUUAUAUAUGUAUUUCUAAAAUAUUGUUUAAAUUAUUGUUACUAUUUUAUAUAUUUUUAAAUAUUUAAUGUAUAAAAAUGGUCUAAAAUUCAUGACUUAUUUUCUUAAUGAGUAAAAUAAAACAUUACUGUUGAUACUCUUUUAAUUCAGAAAUUUAUUAAUGGCUACCUUACUUCUGAUUAAAAGCUCAGUAGGUAUUUUAUAUUGUAUAUUUUGUUAUCGAUUUCUUAAAAUUUUAAUGGAAUAAUUUUGAAAUAAUUCAUUGCCUAAUUGUAUAUAAAAUAAUUUCAUUUGAUGGUAGAUAAAAAAUGAUUACCUA